AUGUACACUCCAGAGCCAUCAAAUGAGACAGAGCCCAUCGUGCUGGAGGGCAAGUGUCUGGUGGUGUGUGACUCCAACCCCACGUCUGACCCUACGGGCACUGCUCUGGGCAUCUCCGUGCGAUCGGGCAGCGCCAAGGUGGCUUUCUCUGCCAUCAGGAGCACGAACCAUGAGCCGUCCGAGAUGAGUAAUCGCACCAUGAUCAUCUACUUCGACCAGGUACUAGUGAACAUCGGGAACAACUUUGACUCAGAACGGAGCACUUUCAUCGCCCCGCGCAAAGGGAUCUACAGUUUUAACUUCCACGUGGUGAAAGUCUACAACAGACAGACCAUCCAGGUGAGCCUCAUGUUGAACGGGUGGCCGGUGAUUUCAGCUUUCGCCGGUGACCAAGACGUGACCCGUGAGGCCGCCAGCAACGGCGUCCUCAUCCAGAUGGAGAAAGGCGACCGAGCAUACCUCAAGCUGGAGCGGGGGAACUUGAUGGGGGGCUGGAAGUACUCAACCUUCUCUGGAUUCCUCGUGUUUCCCCUCUGA